CCAAAAGGGAUUAGAAGAUGAAGCCUGCUCAUCUCUUGGUCUUUGCAGUUUUUGUGGCCCUCUGCAGGAGCAUGAAGCUGGUCUCCAAGAGAAAUUCAGUGGAUGGCUGCAUUGACUGGCUGGUGGACCUCAAGAAGUAUAUGGCUUUGGCAGGUGAGCCGCCGGUGCGCGUGAAAUGCGCUCUUUUCUACAGCUAUAUCCGCACAAACUACAGCAUGGCUCAAAGCACGGGGCUGCGUCUGAUGUGGUACAAAAACAAAGGGGAUUUUGAAGAGCCCAUUAUCUUCUCGGAAGGGAGGAUCAACAAGGAUGAAGACUCCAUCUGGUUUCACACCGCGGAAGUCCAAGACAGCAGCUUCUACACCUGCGUCUUAAGGAACUCAACGUAUUGCAUGAAAGUAUCCAUGUCCUUGACGGUUGCCGAAAAUGAACUUGGACUUUGUUACAACAGCACAAUUCGUUACUUAGAAAAAUCAGAAAUCACCAGGACCAAAGUCAUUUCCUGCCCGGAUACCGAGGAUUACAAAACGGGCAAGCAAGAACCGGAUAUAAUCUGGUAUAAGGAGUGUAAGCCCAAAUUGUGGAGAAGCGUGGUCGUCCAGAAAGAGAAUACGCUUUUGAUAGAAGAUGUGCAGGAGGAAGACAGUGGAAAUUACACCUGUGAGCUGAAGUUCGAAGGGAAGCUGAUCAGACGCACAACUGAACUCAAAGUUACAGCUUUAGUCACCAACAGACCACCUCAGCCGUUGUACCCAGUAGAGAAUCAGACGAGUCUUCUCGAAGUCCAGUUGGGUCAGCCCCUCAGCGUUAUUUGCAAAGCAUUUUUCGGCUUCAGUGGCGAGUCGGGCCCCAUGAUCUACUGGACGAGAGGGGAGAAAUUUAUCGAGGAACUGGAGAAUCAUAUUAAAGAAGGCGAAAUCAGGCUCCUCAAAGAGCACCUUGGAGAAAAAAUUGUGGAGUUAACAUUAAUCUUUGACAUUGUGAAAGAAGCAGACCUGGCCAAUUACACAUGCCACGUCGAAAACAGAAACGGGAAGAAACAGGCGAGCAUCAUUCUGAGAAAACGAGAUCUGAUCUCCAGAAUUGAACUUGCUGGGGGUUUGGGAGCAAUAUUUCUCUUACUGGCUAUACUUGUAACCAUCUAUAAGUGCUACAACAUCGAGCUGAUGUUAUGCUACAGGCAGAUGUUUGGAGGCGAUGAAACCAUGGAUGACAACAAAGAAUACGACGCCUACCUAUCGUACACAAAAGUCGAUCCCGACGCAUUAGAUCGUGACAACCGGGAGGAAGAGCAAUUUGUCCUUGAAAUCUUGCCGGAUGUUCUGGAGAAGCAAUAUGGAUAUAAGCUCUUCAUACCAGACCGGGACCUGAUCCCAACUGGGACCUAUCUAGAAGAUCUUGCCAGAUGUAUAGAACAAAGCCGCCGGCUCCUGAUUGUCCUGACACCGAAUUACGUCCUCAGACGCGGGUGGAGUAUUUUUGAGAUGGAAAACCGGCUCCAUAACAUGCUCCUCAGCGGCGAGGUCAAAGUCAUUUUCAUCGAGUGCCCCCACCUGAAAGGGAAAGUCAAUUACCAAGAAGUGGAAUCGCUGAAGCACAGCAUCAAACUCUUCUCGGUCGUCCCGUGGAAAGGGCCCCCAAGCAACAAGCUGAAUUCUAAAUUUUGGAAACGCUUGCUCUACGAGAUGCCGGCCAAAAAGAAAGAAGUGAUCUCGCGGCGCCAAGUCCUGGAUUCCGCCGAACAGGGCCUCUUCGGUGACCUGCAAACAGUGCCUUCCAUCGCGGUGACGGAUACCUCUGCUACGUUAGUUUCAUCUCAGGCGGACUUGGGAGAUUACCAGCCCACCAACGCAGCCCAUAUGAGACAUUACUGCAGGGGUUACGAAUACAACGUGCAAUCCGCGACCCUCCCGCUUGCUGCCCUAAGCAGUAACCACCACACUUACUGCAAUAUACCCCUGACGCUACUCAACGGGCAGUUACCGCUGAACAGCAGUGUGAAGGAUGUCCAGGACUUCCACAGAAACCCCUCUUUACUCCCCUUGUCCACGAGAGAGCUGAGUUUCACCAGCGAUAUAUGGUAGCAAAGAUCUAGACUUCUUUUCGGCCGGCUUUGCAAUGAGCCAGAAUUCCUUAAAACGAAAAACAAAACAAAACAAAAAUAUAACCUUUAAAACCCGACGUCAUCAGGUGCCAAACUCUUUUGCCAAGUCACAAAGUAACUCGCUUUUAUACUUGAAACCUCUCUUUGUUUACAUUUACAAAAUUAUUAACAAAGCGGGGGGGAGCCUACUUUUUUAGCCGACUUCUGAGUUUUCUGUCUUUUAAUGUACAGAAUGAUUUGUGCUUUAUUAUAAAAAGAGAGAGAGAAAGAGAGAGAGAGUGAGAGAGAGAGAGAGAGAAAGAGAGGGGAUAUGGGAUCGAAUCAGGGGUGAAAUGCUACCGGUUCGUACUGGUUCGGGCGAACCGGUAGCGGCGGUGUCGGGUGGUUCGGAAAACCGGUAGCGGCGGUAGCGCGAGGCUUCGCCCACCCGCUCGGACAUCAUUACUUUCUGGUUUUAACCAGGAAGUAACCUGUUUUUGACCUUCUGCGCUUGCGCAGAGGGUCCAAGGCGUGCACACUUCCGAACCGGUAGGGAAGGUAAGUAGAUUUCACCCCUGGAUCGAAUAGUAUUUUGAAGUAAGUUGACAAUGAGUUGACUUCCGAUGCUAUAUACAAAUAGAGUAAGACUCCAUAUUUAUAUAUACAUAUAUAUAUAUAGAUAUAUAUAUAUUAGUACUUCAGAAGUUUUCAUGGAUUUUUUUUUUUUAAAUAGACAGAAUUUAGGAAGCAUACCCGUCAUACAUGUGAAACACAAGUAGUAACAAAAAUAAAAAAUAAGUCUCGCAUUUCGAAAUUGUGCUCAAGGGACCCUUUCUACCAAGGAUGCACUGUAGAAGAUCUUCCCUACAAGAUUAACCAACGCCGUGUUGUUAUGGAAGAUGGACCACGCCAAGGGCAACUCUGGUUUUCGUUCUGCAAUCCCCCAUGGCUGGAAGAGAUCUCGUCCGCUCAACAAUCCAUUUGUCGUUUUGUUCUCAAGCUAAUUCUUCAUCGUCCGUGACAGUUGCCAUUGUCUUUUCUUCAAUUCUUAGGAAGUUGACCGCCCUUUAAUUUUCUGUAAAUUUUGGGAAAACGUGAAUUAAUUCUGGCUUUUCGGGUGUCUUGGGGACUUCCUUCCUGUUGCAUUUGACGUGCUGAGGAUUGUUAAACAGUCUGCAGAUCUAAACAUUUCCUAAUCUUCUCGACUUGCGUACUAAAUGGUCAUAUCAGCAUCUGCACAGGGUUAUUAUUUGGGGUUUGUUUUUUUUUCUUUUCCAGGUUAAAAAAAAGGUGUAACGGUUUACCAGCUUGACAUUUGAGGGGAAAACGUCAGCCUACAAAGGAGAGAAAGGAACAAAACAAAAAACUCACACACACACACACACACACAAAAAGCACAGCAAUACUCACCAACAAAAGUCUUGAAUUGUUUUGGUUACCAGUCAUAAUAACAUUUGCAUUGAUAAUCAUCGAAAACGGCAGUAAGCAUUUACACUAAUAAAAGGUUACUCAAGAGUGUG